UCAUAAAAAGGAACUUCACAGGAAAAUCUCCUCGGGAAAGUUUGACUGUCGCUGCUGAUAAUCAAUUUUUGAAGCACAAAUUUUCCUUAAUCAUCUGAAUAAAUUCGGGUCUAUCACGGCGGACAUUCCUCUGCCUUCGGUAAGAUCUAUCGCAACGCUUUAUCCAUUGCAUCGAAAAGCUUCCGGUCGUCGUAGCUGGUUUUCAUAGAAAAUGAUCCGAUUCAUCCUUAUCCAAAACCGAGCUGGGAAGACCCGACUCGCCAAAUGGUACAUGAACUUCGACGACGACGAGAAGCAGAAGCUGAUCGAGGAAGUGCAUGCUGUCGUCACGGUGCGAGAUGCCAAACAUACCAACUUUGUCGAGUUCCGCAACUUCAAGAUCGUCUAUCGGAGGUACGCUGGUCUGUACUUCUGCAUCUGUGUGGACGUAAACGACAACAACCUGUGCUACCUAGAGGCUAUUCACAAUUUUGUAGAGGUUCUGAACGAGUAUUUCCAUAACGUGUGCGAGCUCGAUUUGGUAUUCAACUUUUACAAGGUCUACUCGGUGGUGGACGAGAUGUUCCUGGCCGGUGAAAUCCGCGAAACAUCACAAACCAAAGUACUAAAACAGCUGCUAACGCUGAACUCGCUCGAGUAAUUUCGGACUGCUUUCACCAUCACCAAGCUACUCAGCGGAAGUUUGCUCUCGUUUUCCUUAUUCAUUGUUGAUAAAUGACGACAAUUUGCUAUUUUCUAUCUGCUUAUUACUGCGGAAACUGAACUUGAGGAAUAUAAAUCGUAAUUUUCCUCGAAAUGCUAACCACCCGAAACAGAACGGAACAAGUUUUCGUUUGCGGCAUCGCCGAGUAAUUCCGCAUGUUCAGUUAGGCGAAUCUCAUCCUGCACUGUUGAACAGACCAUGCUGCCAUGUAUGCAAACAUAAGUUCAAAACGAUAAAAAGUACUCUUCACCACCGCUUUCUCUACCAGUAACCAGUAAUCUAGAUGCUUUGCUUCGAGCGUUCCUGCGGGUCCAAAGAUUUUCAUCAUUCUUAUUGUUUCGAACUGUACCGAAAUUAAAUCGAUGGUGGAUAAAAACUUUGAAAAGCUAGCAAUAAUUCCUAAAAUCAUAAAGAGCAUAAUAAAAAGUAUAAUGGAGUCCCGCGAAAUCGAAAAGUCACAGUAAUAGAGCUGAUGAUUAUUUUGCCAUUACGUAAACUGGAGAAUAUAAAGCGUUUAAAAUAAUUGUUAGAGCAUCUUACUCUUUCGUGUAAUUGAAAAAAAAAAAACAAAAUAAAAUUGAGAAACAACGGUGUAAGUAGUUGAUUGGUGCGAAGUUAAGUGUAAAAGAUAGAACAAAUAGCCGUACAACGUUGCGAACAUUCAAAACGAAACAAAUAUAUUAAAAUUGAAGGACAUAACUAUUGCAAACUAAUAUUGUGUUGUAGUGUAACAAAAAUCCUUAAUCGUAAUGUUACGAUAAAUAUAAACAAUAUUAUCGCUAUUAUCAUUAUUAUUAUUACACAUACGCGUAUAUCUAUAUCUAAAGAUGAAAAAAUAUUGUAAAGAUUCUUAGUCAGUAAUAAAAUACAUACAUAUAUGA